AUGGUCCUCCUCACAAUGACUCCGUCCAUCGUGGCGGCAGUCAAACGAUAUGAAGCUCUUGCCGGUCCCGAGCAGACGCAGACACUGCAGCUCGACGGAGAGCCGCAGCUCAGCGACCCGGCGUCCGGCAAUCCCAUCUCGCACGCACAGCUGAUAGCCAUAUCCGACGCUCUGAACGAUGGCGACAGUGAAAGACCAGCUACAGCACCUUCUGGCCUCAACCACCUCCUUCGCGGCUCCAGAAUAUAUGUGCCACCGCCCCCGCCAAGGCCCGAGCCCAGCAAUGAAUACAAACAGCUGAUGGCUCGCCUCCGCAAGGAGGAGGAAGCUCGUGCCUACGAACGCAUGCUGAACCCACCCCAGCCCACAGAGACGUUCGGCCAGCGCUUUCCGGCAUCGAACGCCGCUCAUCUCUUCGCCGUACCUCCAACGGAUGGCUUUGCUAGUAAUGAUGAAGACGACGAAGUUACAUAUGCCGAUAUCAACAGGCAACUGGCCCUCAUCAUCAACGUGCUAGUAUCUAUCAUCGCCUGCAGUUGCGCUUUAUGGAUGGUUGCAAGAUACUGGAGUACUCCAGCCCGCCUGGCGCUGAGCAUGACAGGAAGCACGGUCGUGGCGGUUGCAGAGGUUGCUGUCUACAUGGGAUACCUCAGGAAGAUAAAAGAAGCCAAGAUUGAAGAGAAGAAAAAGCCAGAAAUCAAGGAGGUUGCCGAAACAUGGGUGAUUGAGGGCGGUGGCGAGAAGAAGAGCGUUGCUAUACAGAAGACCGCGGUGGCUAGUGAUGAAGCGGACACUGUACGGCGCCGGAAAGGAAAUCAGAAAUAA